AUGGCGUCGGAUGCCCAGUCCCAGCAGGCCGCGCCUGUCCUGGACGGCACCAAGGACUACAAGCCUCUCCGGUCCAGGGAGUAUGACCUGAAGAAGCCUCACAUCACCGAGACCCCCAUCACCUGGGGUAACUGGUACAAGCAUGUCAACUGGCUCAACACCUACUUCAUCCUCGUCGUGCCCAUGAUGGGAUUCGUCGCGGCCUACUGGACUCCCCUCCACCUCUACACAGCCGUCUUUGCCGUUAUUUACUACUUCAACACUGGUCUCGGCAUUACAGCCGGAUACCACCGUCUUUGGGCGCACUCUUCCUACAAGGCAACCCUCCCGUUGAAGAUUUACCUGGCGGCCGUUGGCGCUGGCGCCGUUGAGGGAUCCAUCAGAUGGUGGUCUCAUGGCCACCGUGCCCACCACCGCUACACCGACACCGAGAAGGAUCCCUACUCUGUCCGCAAGGGACUGUUGUACUCCCACAUUGGCUGGAUGGUCAUGAAGCAGAACCCGAAGCGCAAGGGCCGCACCGACAUCACCGACCUGAACGAAGACCCCGUCGUCGUCUUUCAGCACACUCACUUCCUGAAGUGCGUUAUCGCCAUGGGUCUUGUUUUCCCUACCCUGGUCUGUGGUCUCGGAUGGGGCGACUACCUUGGUGGCUUCGUCUACGCCGGUAUUCUCCGAAUCUUUGUCGUCCAGCAGGCUACUUUCUGCGUCAACUCGCUUGCCCACUGGCUCGGCGACCAGCCCUUCGAUGACCGCAACUCGCCCCGUGACCACGUCAUCACCGCCCUUGUCACCCUCGGCGAAGGUUACCACAACUUCCACCACGAAUUCCCCUCGGACUACCGUAACGCCAUUCAGUGGUGGCAGUACGACCCGACCAAGUGGUCCAUCUGGACCUGGAAGAAGCUUGGCCUCGCCUACGACCUCAAGCAGUUCCGCUCCAACGAGAUCGAGAAGGGCCGUGUCCAGCAGCUGCAGAAGAAGCUCGACCAGAAGCGUGCCAAGCUCGACUGGGGCACUCCUCUUGACCAGCUUCCCAUCAUCCACUGGGACGACUUCGUUGCCGAAGCCAAGAACGGCAGGGGCCUCGUUGCCAUUGCUGGUGUUAUUCACGAUGUGACCGACUUCAUCAAGGACCACCCCGGUGGCAAGGCCCUCAUCUCGUCGGCUAUCGGAAAGGACGCCACUGCCAUUUUCAAUGGUGGCGUGUACCUCCACUCCAACGCUGCCCACAACUUGCUCUCCACCAUGCGCGUUGGUGUGCUCCGCGGUGGUUGCGAGGUUGAGAUCUGGAAGCGUGCCCAAUCCGAGAACAAGGAAGUUACGAUCGUCAACGACUCAACUGGUCAGCGCAUCGUCCGAGCAGGCGACCAAGUCACAAGAACAACACAGCCGCUUGCCAGCGCCGAGGCUGCAUGA